CUCUCUCUCCCUCCCUCCCUCCCUCCCUCUCUCCCUGUGCUUUAUAGAUGCAUAUAAUCCCUGAAUUGACCCAGAAAACAAACUCCUCCGACUGCCGAGACGCCGCAGAGUUUGUAUCCGCCGCAGGGCUGCAUGUAGCCGGAGCAUCAGCUGGAGAAACAACCCCAGCAUUGAUCCAACUUCUCCGUACGGACGGACUCGACAUUAAUCCAUCGGGGCGAUAGAGGCCAUGGCUGAACACAUGAUGAUGCCCAUGACCCACGGCUUCAGGAUGGGCAUGAACGGACCUCCGCAGCACAACGGCCAGCCCGGCAUGCGCACUCUGCCCAACGGCCAGGUGAUGCACUACGGCAGGAACCCUCAGAACAGCAUGGAGGCUGCCAUGAGACAGAGGCAGGGCAUGGUGGGACCUGGCGGGAUGGCCGGCCCUGUGAACGGAGUUCCCAUGGCCAACCACCACCACCAGAUGAUGUCUGGAAACAUGAUGUACAAUGGCCAGGGUCCGCAGCAGCAGCAGCAGCACCACCACAUGCACCCCCAGCAGCAGCAGCAGCAGCAUCAUCAGCAGCAGCAGCAGGGUGGACACCCACAGCAGUAUCUCCCUGGUAACCUCACCUCUCAGCAGCUUAUGGCCAGUAUGCAUCUGCAGAAACUCAACACUCAGUAUCAUGGACACCCGCUGGUCUCAGCCAACGGCCACCAUAUGCCCAAUGGUGCUCAGUAUCGGGUGGGUCCGGCCCAGCUAUCAGGCAUGCAGCACAUCGGCGGCCCUUUGGGACUAAACGGCAUGGACAUGGAUCUGAUCGACGAGGAGGUUCUGACUUCACUAGUGCUGGAGCUUGGGUUGGAUCGCAUUCAAGAGCUGCCCGAGCUCUUCCUGGGACAGAAUGAGUUUGACUUCAUAUCGGACUUUGUGUGCAAACAGCAGCCGAGCACGGUGAGCUGUUGAGCGAAGCGUCCGGAAGCCGGUCGGGUUUGUUUGGACUGGACAUCACCCCCCCAAAGAAUGACUGAGCGGUCACAGUAGCACAGCGAGAGGAGACAAUCUCUCUGUUCUGUUUGGGUGUUUCUGUGUAUUUGACAGUGUCUAGUACACCCUCACACUGACCUGCCUGUGAGUUGAUAAAGAAUUGCGAGAGAGAAAACGCAGCAAAAGCACCAGGUUUCCUUUCUUUGAGCCGGAUCUGUCGUCUUUGGUCAAAUGGAGGCAUCUGUCUGUACCCAUCUGGCCCUCAGCACAUGUGCCUGCAUUGUCAAGGCUUUGGGAUGAUUGUAAACUUAACAAACACAAUGGGGGAAGGCCUGGAAAGACUAUCCAUCUGGGUCUGCUAGAUUUUGUGGCAUCCCAAAAUCUUUUUAAGCAGCAGGCGUUUUACAAAUUUAUAAAAGGUAGUCCUCUGAAUUUGUUUAUACAAGGAUGAAGGGAUUAAGAACAAGUUGUUUUCUUUCUGACAUGCAUGUUGAAGGCUGGCUCUUCAAAACUGAGUUCCUACAAAAAAAUGUACACAUUUCCUUGAAGAGCAGGAGAGUGAGGUUGUGCAGCAUUCCUGGGUGAUGUGAUGGGGUUUACCUUGGUUUGGUCGGGGUGAAAUGUGCUACAUUGAUUCUUCAGCUUUCAGCGUCAUUUACCUGACUCUGAUUUAAAUCUGCAAUCAUUAAAUGUAUCGCAUCUGUUCCCCCUCUAGUUAACUGUGAUUGAAUCAUUGCCAAAGUAGCGCAUUGCUUAGAGUGUCGGCUUAAACAAAGCAUUUACCUGUAGAAAAUGACUUGGAAGUCUCUGUGCUCCAAGAGAUUUAGAUGCUCGUUGCAAGCACAUUUUGGGUUACUGCUUCGUAGAAUUGCUUAGGGAGGGAGAAACGUGAUAGUAUCUAUGAGAAACGCCAUAACUGUGGCAUGUUGCAAGAUCCAACAGAAGCCAAACAAAAAAAACAGCCAUCAGAGGGUGAAGGUGUUGGUGAAAGAUCUGAGGUGGAAAAAACAGGAUUGGUUUAAAGAAAAAAGAAGUGCACGAUUGCAGAAUUUGCCUCUGUGUGUUGUUUGUGUACGUCUGUGUGUGGUCAGUGCAGUGAGGCAUUUAAAACCCACUGAAUGGCCUCCUCCUCCCUACCAACCAUGGCCCUGUGUGCUGAACAUGAUUGGAGGCUGAGCGGGGGAGAGAGGGGUGAGAGAUUCUGAUGUGUGGACACAGCACUCCCCGGCAGCACUUAGUUUAAUCAUUAUUUAAAUCUGCUACCUGUGGCAUUGAUUUCACUCGGCAGGAGCGAGGAGCACAAAGCGUGCAAAGUUGUUGUUUUUGCCAUAGAUCAGCUUACUCUGCUGCUUUUCUACUGAUUAGAUUUAAAUUACAUGUCCUCACACGCUAGUCUUAAUUGAGGUCGGCUUGCACAUUCUCCAAUGACUCAAUAAUUAUAAAAACGGACAUGUUCUGUGGCGUUUGUUUUUGUUUUGCGCAGUUGGUAAUUAGGUUUUUGUCAAGGUUGCUGCUUUGCCGCUGCAGGCUGGUUGAGAGAGAACUUCCUGCACUCAUAAUGCUAUUUGUGGAGCUGUCAUGAGGGGUCAGGGCUGCGCGAGUGCACUGUGUUAAUCUGUUCCAGUACAACGGCGCUGCUGUCCCUGACUGUCUCUCUGGAGAUCUGCCACCUCCCAAGCUCUCGACUCAAACAACGGGCUUUGAAAACGCUGCUGUAAAAGGCAGAAACCGCUCACGCUCUGUUUCACUUCAUGCCCGGCAAACUGCAGCCGGACAAACUCACGAGCUCACUGUUGAAAUGAAACAUACUUCUGGCCUCUUAUUAUUGCUAUAUCAAUAAGCGCAGCCUUCUUGUGUAUUGUAUCUUUGUACUGUAGACUAGAGGUGAAGUUGAUCUAGACACAUUUAAGGUACUUUUCCGAGAAACAUUGUCAGAUGUAAAUGUAAAUCAGUGGCUGAUUUUGAUGUGUUGACAAGAGAUUAUAUCCUGCUUUUUUUUUUUUUUUUUUUUUACAAACGAGUGU